CUUUGCCCGAUGGCGCUAAGCCCUGCCAUUGACAGCACUCUGACUCGUAUGGUAAGGUCCUUCUGAUGUGACAUAAUAUGGCCGACGGACGAGAUAAAUACGUUUCCCUGACCCCGCUACCAUGGAUUUCUUCCAAACUUUCUGGUCUCCUUCAGACUUACCCAGCGUUCCCCUGAGCAAGAUUCCCAAUUUCUCUUUCAACCAAACUUUUAUGCGUACCAUGUGUUCCAAAUCUAAUUACUCAACCCCAAAAUGGUGGAAAGAGGCGGUGGUGUAUCAAGUGAUUCCCGCAAGCUUCAACUGUGGUAAACCUACAAUCAAAACCAAUGGAUGGGGUGACGUGACCGUACGAAUGUCCCCACAAGUCGACAUGGGCUACGAUAUCGCAGACUACAAACCAUCCCCACGCAUUCAUUUCAUAAUUCUCCAAUAUGAACAUAGACUACACUCCGCUGUCCGUCCUGUUGCUAUGUCUACAUGAGCCGCGAGCGAAUACUUCCGCAUUUCAAUCAAUGCAGCGGCUUUUCUGCUAAAAAAUCGCAUUAACUGCGACAGCAUGAACACUGAGU